AUGUCUGAACUUGAACAGAAAGUCGCUGAGGUCUCUUUGACCGAUGGCCCUACUCUUUACGUUAAUGACUCUACCGGUAUCGACGAGUCUUCUGCCAAUGGAUCUCAGGAAAAGCCCUACAAGACUCCCGCCUACGCCCUCUUUGUGGCUCCCAAUGCUUCGAUUAUUGUCUUCAAGGAUGAUUCCUAUGAGCCAAUCUCUCCCUCUGCUCUCAAGAAGGCCAAGAAGGGUGCCGAUGGUCUUGUGAAGAAGGCUGAAAAGGCCAAGAAGCUCGAGGAACAGCAGGCUGCUCGCGAAGCUGAGGAACAAAAGAAAAUUGAAGCCUCAAAGGCUAUUGUCAUUGAGCAAGACAAGUCUCUCCCUGAGGCCCUCAAAAUUAAGAUCAAGGAUUCCACCGAGAACCGUGGCAAGCGUAUCAAGGUUUCCGGCUGGAUCCACCGCUUCAGACCUCAGAAGGGUGUCGCCUUUAUUGUUCUCCGUGACGGUUCUGGUCUUCUCCAGGCUGUUCUUUCCGGCAACCUUGCCAAUGCUUACCAGACUUCCACUCUCACUCGUGAAUCCACUGUUACCCUUUACGGUGUCAUUUCUCCUGUCCCCGAGGGUCAGAGCGCCCCCAAUGGCCAUGAACUCGCCGUUGACUACUACGAAAUUGUUGGUCUUGCUCCCUCUGGUGACGAGGCCUUUUCCAACAGAAUCCAGGAAAAUGCUGACCCCUCCAUUCUUCUCGAUCAGCGCCACCUUACUCUCCGUGGUGAUACUCUUUCUGCCGUCAUGAAGGUUCGUGCUGGUUUGCUGCGUGCAAUUCGCGAUGUUUACUACGAGGAGAACCUCACCGAAGUUACCCCUCCAUGCAUUGUCCAAACUCAAGUCGAAGGUGGCUCCACUCUCUUUGGCCUCAAGUACUAUGGUGAAGACGCCUAUCUCACUCAGUCAUCCCAGCUUUACCUCGAAACCUGUGUCCCAGCUCUUGGUGACGUUUACUGCAUCCAGGAGUCUUUCCGUGCUGAAAAGUCCCACACCCGCCGCCAUCUUUCUGAGUAUACCCAUAUUGAGGCUGAACUUGGUUUCCUUACUUUUGAUGAUAUGCUUGACCACAUUGAGCGCGUCAUUUGCGGUACCAUUGACAAGCUUCUUGCCGAUCCCACCAUUUCAGCUCUCAUCAAGGAGCUUAACCCUAACUUUGAGGCCCCCAGCCGCCCCUUUAUGCGCAUGAAGUAUGAGGAUGCUCUUGUCUGGCUCAAUGAGCACGAGAUCCCCAACGAGGAAGGUGAAAAGUUCAAGUUUGGCGAUGAUAUUGCCGAGGCUGCUGAACGCAAGAUGACUGAUACAAUUGGUGUUCCCAUUUUCCUCACCCAGUUCCCUGUCGAGAUCAAGUCCUUUUACAUGAAGAAGGUCAAGAGUGACCCUAGAGUCACUGAAUCGGUCGAUGUCCUCAUGCCUAACGUUGGUGAAAUCACUGGUGGUUCCAUGCGUAUCGACAACACUGAGGAGCUUCUUGCUGGUUUCAAGCGUGAGGGCAUUAACCCUGAACCUUAUUACUGGUUCAUUGAUCAGCGCAAGUACGGCACUUUCCCCCAUGGUGGCUACGGACUGGGCACUGAGCGUAUUCUGGCUUGGCUGUGCAAUCGUUACACUGUUCGCGAGUGCUCGCUUUACCCUAGAUUUACCGGCCGUGCUAAGCCUUAA